AUAUUUAUAAAAAUAUGGCAGCAUUUAAUGUUUUAACUAGCCUUUUCCAAAGUUGCGGGGGCCACUACGAUGGAGAAUGUCGUCUAUUUUUAUUUGUUAUUUUUUUUAUCGUUGUUCAUUUCUUUUACUGAACUUUUCGCUUUAUGAUAGAUUAGUAUGAUAUUUUUCAAUAACUAUUAAUAGUUUUAAACAAGUAAAUGGCUAACGAUCUAUAUCAUGAUGCCUUAAAAGACAGUGACAGAUUAUUGAAGAGCAAUCCAAGGUCAUACAAUAAAAACGACGGUUCUAGUAGUAGCAAUUUUCAGUAUAAAAACUUGCUUCAUGCACUUAAACCAAAAGAAAGCAGUAAUAACGCACACAUUCAAUCCGAUAAAAAUAAUAAAGUUGGAAAUGAACUUGAAGGAUCUUUAAAAUUAUUUGAUACUGGAAGACACACUGUAAUGACUCCUCACAACAACAAUAUUUCCAAAAAUUUUGCUGAUAAGAGUCCAAAUACUAAUAGUUAUUUAUCUAAUAAUACAGAUAAUAAUACUGAAAAAUUAGAACACAAUGUCGAUGUCGGAAAAUUGCGUUCUAUUUUUGACAAAUCUAAAGAAUCAAAUAGUGUUCAAUUAAGGACAGGACAAACAAGGCGAAAUGAAAGGCCUUAUUCUGAAAUUUUAACCAAAAAAGAAAUGAACUUAGCCCAUAACACAAGUUUUAGUACAAUUAAAGAACCUGUUUUAAAAACAAAAUUAGACAUUGAUAAAAUAUUAGUAACUAAUGUUCCUGGAUCUAUUAGCGAAACAGGAAAUCAAAAAAGUAGCAAUAUUGAUGAUGAAAAUAAAUUUUCCUCUGUUGGAGCAAGUAAAAUUGAUGUAAACUCUAUUCUAGCACCUUCUCCUACUCCACAAGAAUCAGAUAUGGUUGAUGGAUCUGAGGUCAAAAAAGAAUUACAUGUUAAUAAAAAUGUGCUUCCUAUGGAAAAUGUUAUCCGGCUAGAUCGUUUGAAAAAAAUUGAACAAGAUAACUUAGUCAAUAUUAAAAGAAAAUCUCUCAAAGAGCGUUUAGAUGAUAUUCUCACUGAAGAUGAAAAGCAAAUAUCAAUGGUAUCAAAACCAAUAACAUCUGAAAAUAUAAAAGUACAAAGUUCUAAAUUGAGUCAACAUAAGCAUGGAGAAGAAAUAUUACAGGAAGGUAAGCUAUCUACUAAAAUUGAUGUUUCAGAAAGUGUUCAAUGUGAUCCUGUUUAUAAGCAAUUUAAUGUUAAUAAUGAUGCAGCACCACAUAUAUGUAACGGUGAUUCUCAUGCAAAAGAUGCUGAAAAUUUGAAUAAAAAGAAAAGUGCGUUAGAACGAUUUGAUGAAUUUAUAAGUCAUGAAGUUCCUUUGUUAGAUUCAUCUAUUAAAAUUGAAAGCAAUGAAAAUAUUGUUGAUUUAACGAAUAAUGAAAAAAUCAUAGUAACAUCCAUAGAAACAGAUAGCAGUGAAACUGACUCAAAUGAUGGUUUUUUAAAUUCUUUGGACCUAAAUAUAAAUCCAUUUAAGAAACAACCUUUUAAUAAUUUACGUUCUUCACUCGAAAAUAUAUCCAUAUUACCUGAUAAGUUAAAAAAAAAUUCAGAAGAGAAUCAAUACAACCUUGAAGAUCCUAAAAGGACAAUUGAUGAGAUUGAUGAUUUGAAUUCAUCAUUUAAUAUACCUGAUUCAUCUUGUGAUUCUUGUAGUGAUCGUGUUAGUGACACUGAAGAGGAUGUUUCAGAAAAUGAUCUGGAAAACAUGUUACCUCCACCACCUGCAAAAUCAAACUUGUCAUCUAACACUAAAAAUAGACCCAAAAAGAAUGUUUUGUUUCGUGAUGAAAAUUUGAUUGAUUCAAUUCUUACAUAUGGUGCAGCUGAGUAUGACCGUGCUAAUGCUGAUAUUGAUCCAAUUGCAUCAUCUGCAGAAUGGGAGUUAGAAAAGCGCGUUGAUAAAAUGGAUGUUUUUUCAGUUGAUUUACAGAAAGAUGGAAAAGGCUUGGGUUUGAGCAUAAUAGGAUUAGGGGUUGGUACAGAAACUGGAGUUGAAAAGCUAGGUAUAUUUGUGAAAACUCUCACUGAGAAUGGUGCAUCACAAAAAGAUGGGAGGAUUCAAGUGAACGAUCAAAUCUUAGAAGUAAAUGGUAUUUCAUUAGUUGGAGUUACACAACAGUUUGCUGCACAAACACUUAAAAAUACCAGUGGAACAGUAAGGUUUCUAAUGGGCCGUGAUAAGUCACGCCGAACAAAUUUAGCCCCUGGUUCUCCAUUAGCUGAUAACCCUGAAAUACAGCAUUUUAUUCAAGAUAUGAAUAAUGUCAUUCAUCAAAUGGAAGAAGUUGAGAAACGUGCAAUAUAUGCUGAAAAUUUAGUUGAAGAUGUUAAACAAGAGCUGUUAAAGGCUGAGGAAAGAGCUCAUGCAGCUGAACAAGCUUUAGAAGAAAUGAAAGAAAAAUUGACUGCUGCAAGCGAGUCACCUUUUGUUAGUGGCAACAGAAAACUUAAAAAUGAAAUUAAAAUCAAGAAAGUUCCAAAGAAUGAUAAAGUUGAAGAGCUUCAAAAAAGUCUCAAGGAUGCAAAUGACAAAUUAAGUGCAUCUCAGGAGAGCUUGCUUCAACUUUCAUCUGCAGAGAAUGAGCUUAAAGAGUUGAACCUUAAGAUGGAUAAAACUGCAUCUUUGUUGAAAAGUUCACAGGAAGUUACGGCUUCUCUUCAAAUUGAAUUGACUAAUAAGAAUAAUGAACUUGAUCAAUCUAUGAAAGAAAAUCAGAAACUUAAAGAACUCGCUGAGAAGUUAAAAAGUGACUUAGAUAAUGAAAAGGCAUUGUUUUUGCAAAAGGAAAGUCAUUAUAAUGAGGAGUCGGAAAAAUUUGAAAAACUGUUUAAUGAGAAGUAUAACAAACUUUAUGAAAAGUAUCAAACAAUGAAGAAGAAAUUAAAAACCUAUAAAAAUGACAACCAGCAGGCAUUAGAGAAUAUUUCUCAUCUUAAACAACAGCUGCAAGAUUAUGAUGCCAACAUAUUAAACUCAUUAAGAACAGAACUAGAUGAUUACAAGCUUAAAAACACAAAGAAUUUAGACGAAAUAAAUUCACUAAAAUCUCAAGCUAAAGUUUUAGAAGAUUUAUCAACUGAAAAAAAUAAAUAUUUGUUGAAUAAAAUUAAUUUAUUGGAAGAAGAAAUAGCAGUGUACAAGAACCAAAGAGAUAAGGUUCCUUCUCCACAACUCUCAUCACAGCUGUCAACAAAUUUACCUUUUAAUUAUAUUAAAGAUGAAUUAACUUCAAAGCAAGACUAUGUUGAUGGUGUUGAUAGUGGUACAUUAAUAAAUGAAGAAAUAAACCAGGAAGACUCAAUGAAACUUCUUUCAAUCGAUAAAUCUGAAAAAUUAGGUGAUGUAAGCCAAGAAGUUAUGUCAGGAAAUUUUAACAGUCUACCUGAAGACAAUGUUGAUUCUGGUUGUAAUGAUGAAGGGCAGUUUCUUAUCAUUAAAGAAAAUGUUGAAGAUGAAAUGUUUUUACCUCCUCGAAGUAAUUUAGUUUUUAAUCAUACUGCAUCUCCUAUAAAACUUGACUCUUUAGACAGUGAAUGGAAACAGAUUAAUAUUGAUAAAAAAGCUGAUGAGAUUGCUUCGAUGGUUAUGAGUCAUUCACCAAUAAGAAAAUCAACGAACUCUUCAGAAAAUAGUUCUUCAGAAGAUGAGAAUGAAUCAAAUUUAUCUACUAAUAAUUUGGAUACUUCAACUGAUCAUGUGCAAAGUACAAAAAUGGAUAUGUCAUACUUGCGAAGAUCUAUGCUAGCUGAAGGAAUUGAUCUUGAAGCUGAAGGAAUUGAGGAUUCUGCUCUUGAUAGUCAAAAUAUUAGUCUUGAAUCUACAAUUAAUGUAUCAAAUGUUCAAGAUGCGUUGUUAAGACGUAACAGUUUUUCAGCUUCUCCAGAAACAGAGGUAACUGACAAAAAAAAAAAAACAACACAGGGAACUCAAGGAACAUUAGCAUUGAGUGAAAAUAAUCUUGGUAAAGAUAAGUCUGUUGAACUCACAAAUGCAGCAUUUGGUAAUCAAGCAGGCAAAAGUUUGUUCUCACCAAUUGCUACUUCAAUGCCAAAUCUUGCUGAGCCUUUAGAGAAGACUGAAAAAAAUAAAUCUUCUAAGUUUGGUUUUCAUCUUCCUAAAGUGUUUAAAAAAAACAAGAAAGGAGUAUUUCACAGUAAUUUAAGCUUAUCACCAAAAAGCAAUAACUCUCAUACUGAUCCUGUUGAAAAUAUUGAGUUUAAAACUAAUGGCAAAAUUAAAGCUGUAAAUGAGUCUUUAAAUGAUGUUAUUGAUCAAGAAAAAGCAAAUGAUUUAGCAACUGAUGAAGCAGUGGUACCGUUUGCUGAUAAAGAAUCUUCUAUGGCCGCUGAUCUUUUUGAGAAAACUGAUAUCAGCUCACCCCAAUUGAACAAAGAUAAUUCGGACCAUUUUUUUAAAGUUUAUGAAAGAGCUAUUGAUGUAGCUGUUGAUGACUUAGAUGGUAAAAACGAAGAUGGAACAUAUGGCUAUCGUAAAGAUCCUUUUGACUGGGAUAUCAGACAGGUUGGUUUGUUUUUGGUGGAAAAUCACCUACCACAAUAUGUUGAUUCUUUUCAAAAGUUUAAUGUAGAUGGCCAAGUUCUUCUUGCAGUUAAAGGCAGUUUGCUCAAAGAAUAUGGAGUUGCGAAUAGUGAACACCGCAGUUUAAUCAAGAAAAAAGUUAAAGAAUUACGCAGCUUGCACGGUUCAUUUAACAAAGGUAAAAGAGAUAGCAAAAGUAGAGUAUCUUUUUGGAAAGGUAAAUACAAGGUUACUAACUAAGUUUUUCGAAAAUUUUCUGUCAAAAUAUUUCGGCAAGUUAAGCUCUUUAUGAUAUGGUGAAAGUAAUACUAGCUAUACAGUUUCGUAUACCCAUCUCACUGAUAUUCAACACCUAAAAAUACUUCUAUGAAAAUAAUAGUUUUAGAAGUAUAUUUCGUAUGAUUUAUUUAAUAUUUUAUUACAAUUAAAAGUUAAAUAAAGUUCUGAAUAAAUUAAUAAACCUAAUUUAGGUUAGCUUCGAAUAUUUCAAAGCUAAAAAUAUUCUUUGCAUUAUUUAAAUAUAGUUCUGUUUCAAAAAUUUUGAAAAUUUUAUGAAGUGAUAUCGAUCUUUUCUGUUUUUUUCUCAUUUCAUUAAAAAAAUUUUCUCAUUUUCUCAUUUCAAUUUUUUCUCAAAAUUUUAAAACUUUUUUUUUUUGCUUUUUUUCUUUUGUUUUGUUCAUUUCUAAUGUAUGGUUCAAAAUGUUUUUUGAUAUUUUCUAAUGAAGUUAUUUUCCCAGAAUGUUAUAGUUUGUAUGUUUUACAAUUUCCACUAAAUGUAUUUGUUUAUAAUAUACUAUUUAUACGCAUUUUUGUA